UCAAACACGCUUGCAAUUUGUCAAAAUUUCCCCCGCCGGCUGUGCUCUGGAGAAGAAAAACAGAUUUCACUGAAAGACGCCGAUGUUUUAGCAGCUUUCGCAUUUCCCAGCAAAUUACGGUGUGUGCUAUUUGCUUUGCUUGUCCACGGAUCCACAGUAAGAGAAACAAAACAUUCUUCCACGAUGGCGACUGCUAUGCCAAUAAACCCGAAACCAUUUCUAAAUGGACUUACCGGCAAACCGGUAAUCAUAAAACUAAAGUGGGGCCAUGAGUACAAAGGGUUCCUGGUGUCGGUGGACGGUUACAUGAAUAUGCAGCUAGCAAACACGGAAGAGUUUGUGGACGGACAAAACACGGGACACCUCGGCGAGGUGCUGAUUCGGUGUAACAACGUGCUGUACAUUCGGGGCAUAGACGAUGAAGACGAGGAAGGUGAAAUGCGAGACUAAAAUAGUGUUUAGAAUAAAUGGUUUUUUU